AUGGGAGCACUCUUCUGGGCUUCCCUCUGCAGUGACAAGCGUGCUGCUGCCUUUUGGUUCCUGCAGAAAGACUCACUGGAUAAUCUUCAUAAAGCCAAGGUAGAAGCAAUGACCUUAGACCUUGCUUCUCUUCAGAGUGUGCAGCACUUUGCUGAAGCAUUCAAAUCCAAGAAUGUGCCUCUUCACGUGCUGAUCUGCAACGCCGCCGUGUUUGGUGCACCCUGGGGCCUCACGGAGGACGGCCUGGAGUCCACCUUCCAGGUGAACCACUUGGGACAUUUCCACCUCGUCCAGCUGCUGGAGGACGUGUUACGCCGCUCGGCUCCUGCCAGGGUUGUGGUGGUGUCCUCCGAAUCGCACAGAUUUACAGAUAUUAAAGACUCCUCUGGAAAACUUGAUUUCAGCCUGCUUUCUCCAUCUCAGAAGGAGUACUGGGCUAUGUUGGCCUACAAUCGUUCCAAGCUUUGCAAUAUACUGUUCUCCAACGAGCUGAACCGACGCCUUUCUCCCCAUGGGGUGACAUCUAAUGCAGUCCAUCCUGGAAAUAUGAUUUACUCCGCCAUUCAUCGUAACUGGUGGGUGUACACCCUGCUGUUUACCUUGGCUCGACCUUUCACCAAGUCCAUG